AAAUGAAAAUGAGGGCUUUUCUGGUUUUGUCUCUUCUGAUAGUCGAAGCCUUUGCAAACCGGUACCGCUAUUACAGAUAUUCAAAAUUAAAACCACAAGACGUCCCAGAAUGUAUGAGUCCAGGCCUUGUUGCGCAAUUUGAAGACAAUCCGAAACUAAAGGGAUAUAUAAUAGAACGACAUCAAGGCCUUUCAAACUCUGCAAGAAUAAACUUUCAGAAAUAUAACAAAUAUCCAGCAAUAGAAAACUUUCUUAAGUCUCUAGGUAAUAGACCAUCGAUUGGGCCAUCAGGACAGAAAAUAUAUGCUUAUGACGAAGUAAUAGGCACAACUGUAGAAAAUCGAAAAAUAUAUUUAGUAAAGAUCUUCAAAAAAGAUAUGCAUAAACGAACCAGAUAUUCCAAACGUAUGAGGAAGCCUGCAAUUUUGAUAGAUGGUACAUUACACGCACGAGAAUGGAUCUCACCGGCGGUAGUGCUGUAUUUCAUUAACCAACUUAAGAAUAAUCCUCAACAGGAUCCUGCCAUAGAAAAAUUGGUCGACAUGUAUGACUGGUAUUUCAUCCCUGUAGCCAAUCCUGAUGGUUACGUUUAUACUUAUACCACAGAUCCUUGCUGGAGGAAGAAUCGACGACAGACUUCGUCAGACCCUGUUUGUUAUGGUGUUGAUUUAAAUAGAAAUUUUGGUUAUGAUGACAAAACGUGGGAUCCUUCUGUUGGCGGAUCAACAGAUCCUUGUAAUUAUAAUGGUUAUACCGGUACCGGUCCAUUUACGGAGGAGGAAACUAAAGCUGUGAUGAAAGUGAUGAACAGAAAGGGUGUGAACUUCGUUGCUUACUUUUCUUUCCAAAGUUAUAGUCAGAUAUGGGCAUAUCCUUGGGGAUACAAAAAGGAAGCAUUACCUGAUGCAGAAGAUCUCAGGAAGGCUGCUCAAGUAGGAGCAGAUGCGAUAUUUGCUAAGAGCAAAAGGAUAUACAGAGUGAACCAAUCUGCCCGUAUUCCAGAAUUUGGACUAAUUGCUGGAGCUUCAGAUGAUUAUGCAAGAGGUGGAGCAAACAUUAAGUACUCGUAUACAAUUGAACUUCGGGAUACAGGAGAGAAAAAAUUCUUUCUACCUGCAUCAGAAAUCACUCCUAAUGGCGAAGAAAUGCUGGAGGGAGUAAAAGCUUUUGCAAACUACAUCUACAAGCCUCGAAGAAAAUACUAUUAUUAUAAAAAAUGGUAAAGCCAUGUGUAUAAAAGGAAGUUUGCAUAAUUGCUUAACAUAGCAUUUAGAAAAUUCAAAAAAAUAA